CGGUAAAAACAGCAAGGGAAGUUCCAGCCCAUGUUUGGAAAUGUUUACGCUGUGGCGCUGUCUGUCAAGCAGAAACCUCUACGUUGUGCUCUAGGGACUAGCUAGUGCACCGUUAGGUGUCCAUUGGAAUUUAAUCUCGAGGGAGAUCAUUAUACUAACUAACUAUGGCACAAGCGAAAAUCCACCAGGCUAAAAUGAUUGAAGCCGCUAAUGGCAAAUUCAGCAGAUCAAUGUCUAUGGCAGAUCGCUCCGGACGACUUCUUGAAAGUUUGGACCAGCUGGAAAUAAGGGUGGAGGCUUUACGCGAGGCCGCAACUUCAAUGGAACAGGAGAGAGAGUGCUUACUUGAUAUGAUCCAGUCCAUAAAGAAUAGUGAAGAAAUGCGCAGUAUUUGUGACGGAGAGAGAGAGGAACUAUCUUUAACUGCUAACCGUCUUCUGGGUAGGACGCUGACAGUUGAAAUAUCAGUGGAAAUCAUUAGAAACCCCACUCAGGAGGAUGCGCUACGCAAGGCUACCUCUUUGAUUGAUGAGCUUGCUGCAAAGUUGCUUGACGACAUGGAUGGUGCCAGAAAGGGCCUGAUGGCACUGCACGCUGCCUGUGUGACCGAAGCACCACCGGUUCCUAUCGAUACAAAAUUCCAGACGAUCGUCAUCACCUGCGCCCUGGAAGAUCAGAAAAAAAUCAAGAGGAGGCUGGAAACUCUGAUAAGGAACGUGGAUAAUGCUGAGAAGAAUAUCAAGAUAAUGGAUCAUCAGAAAGUGGAUGACUUAAACAGUGCCAAUGGCAAAUGAAGGCACUCAUACUGAUUCAACCCCCCUAACAGCCCUAACUAAUAGAAAGUCAUAAUACAUUGGGAGACCAAACUCCUCAUUACCAUGCUAUUAUUUCCCAUAAUUAGUGAAAGAUAGCAUCCACCCGUCUACCUGUCAUGGCAUAAGGCGUCCAUACUAAAGUACAGGUCUACCUAGACUGGAUAAAUGACUGGUCUACCUACACUGGAUAAAUAUAGUCUGUUCCAUAUAAUUUGAACCUUUUAAAGUGCUUUGCCUUGAACAUUUGAAAAGUCCUUAUGACUACCACUGUAUUCUACUACCACUAAUGUCACAUUCAAACCCUGUCACCAUAAAUAUUGCAUAUAAAAAAGUUUUACACAUCUUAACAUUACUAACAUUGUCACAUUAUUGUUUUGAAUGUCAGUUCAGUUACCUACACACUGUCUUAUGUAGUUUCAAUAAGCACUCAGGCUGCCACUCAUUAAGGCAUUUAAAAAUGCAUCGACAUUGUUUUUGUUGAACCAUCUUAAUGUGAUCAUUUGCAGUCUUAAUCCUUGACAUGUUUUGUACUCUCCGGUCAUUACUGUCAGCCCGGGUCACAACCUACCUGAAAACACAAGGCAAGGUACUGAGACAGUUAAUCAGCCAAAUUAAGUUAAUAUCUUUAUGUAAAGAUAUGUUAUGUACAUACAGUUGAAGUCAGAAGUUUACAUACACUUAGGUUGGAGUCAAUAAAACUAGUUUUUCAACCACUCCACACAUUUCUUGUUAACAAACUAUAGUUUUGGCAAGUCAUUUAGGACAUCUACUUUAUGCUUGACAAGUCAUUUUUCCAAAUUUUUUUACAGACAGAUUAUUUAACUUAUAAUUCACUGUAUUACAAUUCCAGUGGGUCAGAAGUUUACACACAUUAAGUUGACUGUGCCUUUAAACAGCUUGGAAAAUUCCAGAAAAUUGUCAUGGCUUUAGAAGCUUCCGAUAGGCUAAUUGACAUCAUUUGAGUCAAUUGGAGGUGUACCUGUGGUUGUAUUUCAAGGCCUACCUUCAAACUCAGUGCCUCUUUUCUUGACAUCAUGGGAAAAUCAAAAAAAUCAUCCAAGACCUCAGAAAAAAAUUGUACACCUGCACAAGUCUGGUUCAUCCUUGGGAACAAUUUCCAAACACCUGAAGGUACCACAUUCAUCUGUACAAACAAUUGUGCGCGAGUAUAAACACCAUGGGACCACACAGUCAUCAUACCGCUCAGGAAGGAGACGCGUUCUGCCUCCUAGAGGAAACCGCCAUAACCAAAGCCAGACUACGGUUUGCAACCCCACAUGGGGACAAAGAUGGUACUUUUUGGAGAAAUGUCCUCUGGUCUGAUGAAACAAAAAUAGAACUGUUUGGCCAUAAUGACCAUCGUUAUGUUUGGAGGAAAAAGGGGGAGGCUUGCAAACCGAAGAACAGCAUCCCAACCGCACAGCACGGGGGUGGCAGCAUCAUGUUGUGGGGGUGCUUUGCUGCAGGAGGGACUGGUGUACGUCACAAAGUAGAUGGCAUCAUGAGGAAGAAUUAUUAUGUGAAUAUAUUGAAGAAUAAUUUCAAGACAUCAGUAAGGACGUUAAAGCUUGGUCGCAAAUGUAUCUUCCAAAUGGACAAUGAUCCCAAGCAUACUUCCAAAGUUGUGGCAAAAUGGUUUCAGGACAACAAAGUCAAGGAAUUGGAGUGGCCAUUACAAAGCCCUGACCUCAAUCCCAUAGAACAUGUGUGGGCAGAACUGAAAAAGCGUGUGUGAGCAAGGAGGCCUACAAACCUGAUUCAGUUACACCAGCUCUGUCUGGAGGAAUGGGCCAAAAUUCACCCAACUUAUUGUGGGAAGCUUGUGGAAGGCUACCUGAAACGUUUGACCCAAGUUAAACAAUUUAAAGGCAAUACUACCAAAUACUAUUUGAGUGUAUGUGAACAUCUGACCCACUGGGAAUGUGAUGAAAGAAAUUAUUCUCUUUACUAUUAUUCUGACAUUUCACAUUCUUAAAAUAAAAUGGUGAUCCUAA